AUUAUUAUUUCACAAUGGCCGAUAAUAUUACAAAUAAUAGCAAUUAUACUAAAUUAUCAAAUAAACAACAACUAAAUUCGGAUAUACCAAAUACUAAUAAUGAUUCAUUAGAAUUAUCUCAAAUCAUUCGAAAUUUUUUUAAAGUAAAUAUAAAGGAAGUAGAACCCACAACUCAUAAAAAUAUUAAUGAAAAUAUUUUGGAAGGGGAUUUAAGUUUUAUAGCUGAUGAAUUAGUUGAUCUCAUUUUUACGGAUUUUAACAAAGGAAAAGAAGGAAGAGUAAGAAGGAAAAAUGUUUUUAAUUAUAUUAAUAAUUACAAGAUAAAUUCACAAGAAAUCUAUGAUUGGUUAUUACAUAAUCAAACUAGUUCAAAUUUCACUUAUUUACUUGGAUAUUUUAAUUAUUAUGGAAUUGGAAUUGAUAUUAAUAAGAAAAAUGCAUUUAAAUUAUGUCAAAUUGCAGUAGAAUUAGAAAAUGAUGCAGCUAAAUUUGAAAUAGCUAAUAUGUAUAUAGAUGGUGAUGGUGCUGAUAAAGAUCAUGAUAAAGCUUUUGAAUUAUCAAAAAAUUUAGCAAAAAAUGAAUAUCCUUGUGGAAUAAAUUUAUUAGCAUAUUGUUAUGAACAUGGAAUUGGGACUGAAGUUAAUGAACAAAAAGCAUUUGAAUUAUAUAAAAAGGUGGCAGAUUUAGGGAAUUUACAUGGAAUAUGUAAUUUAGGAGUUUGUUAUGAAAAUGGAAUUGGAACUGAUAUUGAUGAAGAAAAAGCAUUUAAAUUAUAUCAAGCAGCAGCAAAUUUAGGAUAUUCAUAUGGAGUAAAUAAUUUAGGAUGUUGUUAUAAUUAUGGAAUUGGAAUUGAUUUUGAUGAAGAAACGGCAUUUGGAUUAUAUCAAAAAGCAGCAAAUUCAGGAAACGAAUAUGCACAAUAUAAUCUCGCUAUAAUGUAUGAACAUGGAAAAGUAGUUGAAGAAAAUAUGGAAAAGGCCAUUUAUUGGUUUAAAAAAUGUGCUGAUCAAGGGCAUCAAGAUGCUAAAAAGAAAUUAAUGAUAGAAUUAUUACCUGUAAUGAAUGAUAACACUAAAGUACAAGAUGCUUACAAAUAUUAUCAACCAGAUAAUAAUUACCUUGAAUUAUCAAAUUUUUAUAAAGUAAAUGUAAUGGAAAUAAAACCUACAACUCAAGAUAUUAACGAAAACAUUUUUGAAGAAGAUUUAAGUGACGUAAUUGAUAAAUUGCUUCUAAAUAAUCAAACUAGUUCAAAUUCUAUUUAUUUGUUUGGAUAUUUUAAUUAUCAUGGAAUUGGAACUGAUAUAAACAAGCAAAUUGCACUUGGAUUAUAUCAAAAAGCAGCAGAAUUAGAGAAUUUUGUAGCUCAAUUUGAUCUUGCUUGUAUGUAUUUAUAUGGAGCGGGUACUGAUAAGAAUUAUAAUAAAGCUUUUAAAUUACUUGAAAAAUUAUCAAGAAGGAAACAUACAUAUGGAAUGAAAUGGUUAGGCCAUUGUUAUAAAUUUGGAUAUGGAACUGUAAAAAAUAUGGAUAAAGCGACUUAUUGGUAUAAAAAAUCUUCUAGUCUAGGAAGUAAAUAUGUUUUAAAUAAUUAAAGCAGUUUUCAAAGAUAAUUAUAUUCAUCUAUAUGAUAUUAUAUGAUCUAAGCCCAGAAAAAUAUAUUUAUAACUUUAUUAGCUUGUAG